GGAAGAUGAUGAUGAAGAUGAUGAUGAUGAUGAUCCUCCUGCUCGUUUCCCAGCAUGCUCUGGGUGGAGUGGUGGAGGUGAAUGAGGGGGCGGAGCCUGUCCUGCUGCCCUGCAUUUACUCUGAUAAUCCACUUAAAGAUCCGUUACUCACCUGGACUCGCAGUGAUCUCAGUCCUAACUCCGUCCACCUACGGAGAGAAUUUGGUGACGAUCUUAAAAACCAGAACCAGCGUUUCAGAAACCGGACCUCCAUGAAUCCUGACGCUCUGGACACUGGAAACUUCAGCCUGACUCUGAGGAAACCUCAGCAGUCUGAUGGAGGAAACUACACCUGCAGCAUCUCUAAUGGAAGACAAGAACUGAACCUGAAACAGGUUCACCUGAAGGUCAAAGUCGAUCAGCAGGAGGUCGAGGUCACUGAGGGGUCAGAUUCUGUCGUCCUGUCCUGCAGUACAUCAUCCCGCCUUCCUGAGGACACAUCAGUGGAGUGGACCCGGUCAGAACCGGAAUUUAUGAUGGUUCACUCAAGCAGCAGCCAAAGAAAGCAGGACGGUUUUUACCGCGACCGAACAGAGAUGAACAAAGACUUCCUGAGGACCGGAGACGUCAGCCUGACCCUGAGGAAUCCCAGAGACAGAGACGAUGGACGCUACGUCUGCACCGUCUACAGAGACCAGGACGUCCUGAGACGCAUUGUGGUUCUGAAAUAUGUAAAGAAAGAACCCUUUCCAUCCUGGGCCACAGCUGUGCUGGUUCUGCUGGUUCUGGUUCUCAACAUCUCUGCAGGCUGUUUAUAUCAUUUUAAAGAUUAUUUCCUGCCAGCUGCACUGGAGGUGAAUUCAGGGGUUAAGUCUGUCCUGCUGCCCUGCAAAACCAAAGUCUACCUGCCUAGAGGCGCUAGAGUGGAGUGGAGGGACGGAGAGAACAAGAUGGUCCAUGUGUAUCCGAACGGUUCUGAUGAUCCUGAAGAACAGAACCUGACCAGCAGCAACAGAACCAGGAUGAAUGACGACCUACUGAAGACUAAAGACCUCAGUCUUACUCUGGAACGUCCCUCAGUUGCAGACAGCGGGAUCUACACCUGCAGAGUCAGGAAACGAGUCAUCCUGAUGAUGAAACGGGUUCAUCUCCAGGUCAAAGAUAUUGUUGGUCAGUAUCAGCCUGACCUUAAAGAGUCUCUGAAGAUGAAGUUCCAGAAUCUCUCUGAAGGCGUCGCUGAACCUGGAAAUAAAACCGUUCUGAACCAGAUCUACACAGAGCUCCACAUCACAGAGGGAUUAACUAGAGAGGUCAGCCAGGAACAUGAGGUCAGACAAAUUGAAACAGCAUCCAGGAAACAAGAAACAAUCAGACGAGAAAACAUCUUUAAAGUCCCACCUGGAAGAGACCAACCAAUCAGAACAGUGAUGACCAUGGGAGUGGCUGGCAUUGGGAAAACACUGUUAACACAGAAGUUCACUCUGGACUGGGCUGAAGGCAAAACCAACCAGAACAUUGAUUUCAUAUUUCCAUUCACUUUCAGAGAGCUGAAUAUGUUGAAAGAAGAAAAGUUGAGCUUAUUAGGACUGAUUCAUAAAUUCUUCACUAAAACCAAAGAAAUCAGCAGCUUUGAAACUUUACAGGUUCUGUUCAUCUUUGAUGGUCUGGAUGAGAGUCGACUUUGUCUGAAUUUCAAGAACAAUCUCAUCCUGAAUGAUGUUACAGAGUCCAGCUCAUUGGAUGUUCUGCUGACAAACCUCAUCAGGGGGACACUACUUCCCUCUGCUCUCCUGUGGAUAACUACACGACCUUCAGCAGCCAAUCAGAUCCCUGCUGAGUUCACCGACAUGGUAACAGAGGUCAUAGGGUUCACCGACCCCCAGAAGGAGGAAUACUUCAGGAAGAGAUUCAUAAAUGAUGAAGAGAAGGCCAACAGGAUCAUCUCUCACAUCCAGAAAUCAAAAAGUCUCCACGUCAUGUGUCACAUCCCAGUUUUCUGCUGGAUCACUGCUAAUGUUAUGGAGGAUGUGAUGAAGACCAGAGAGGGAGGAGAGCUGCCCAAGACCCUGACUGAGAUGUACAUAGAGUUCCUGGAGGUUAACUUCGCAAUCAAGGAGGACAAAUAUUUUGGAAAAGCUGAAGAAGAUCCAGAGAACAGGAAGCUGAUUGAGUCUCUAGGAAGAUUGGCUUUUGAUCAGCUUCUGAAGGGAAACCUGAUCUUCUAUGACAAAGAGCUUGAAAAGUGUGGCGUUGACAUCAAAGAUGCUGCGUUGUUCUCAGGAGUGUUCACUGAAAUGUUUAAAAGAGAGAAAGGGAUGUGUGACAUCUCAGUCUACUCCUUUAUUCAUCUGAGCAUCCAGGAGUUUCUGGCUGCAGUCUACAUGCUCCACUGUUUCACCAGCAGGAAGUCAGAGGUGAUCAAGACGUUCCUGGGAGAAGAAUACAAUGAAACAUCUCUAGAUGAGUUCAUGAAGAAAGUCAUGGAGAAAUCCCUCAGCAGUAAAAAUGGCCACCUGGACCUGUUUGUCUGCUUCCUUCAUGGUCUCACUGUGGAGUCCAACCAGAGCCUCAUAGGAAGCCCGCUGGGUCAGACAGAGAACAGUCCAGAAACCAUCCAGAGAAUCAUCACCAACCUGAAGGAGAUGAACACUAAUAGAAUCUCUCCUGACCAGUAUAUAAUGUCAACUGAUAGAAUCUCUCCUGAAAGAAGCAUCAACAUCUUCUACUGUCUGGUGGAGAUGAAAGACCUCUCAUUUUAUCAGGAGAUCCAACGGCUGCUGGAUUCAGGGAAGAAGCUCUCAGUGACUGACUGUUCAGCUCUGGCUUUCAUGCUGCAGAUGUCAGAGGUUCUGGAUGAGUUGGACCUGGAGAAGUACAACACAUCAGAAGCAGGACGACGGAGACUGCUUCCAGCUGUGAGGAACUGCAGAAAGGCUCAACUUGGUGAAUUUUCGCUCCAAAACGAUGAAGUUAAAGUUGUGGCCUCAGCUCUGAAGUCCAACCCAGAUCUGACUGAACUGGAAAUAAGUCAGAUCUACAUACUGGGAGAUGAAACCUUUGGAGACUCUGAUAUGAAGCCUCUGAUUAAGAUCCUGGAGACUUCAGUCAGUAAAGUGAAGAAUCUGGGAUUGAGGGACUGCAGUUUGUCAGAGACCAGCUGGACUUCUCUGUUCUCAGCUCUGAAGUCCAACCCGACCCAUCUGACAGAACUGGAGCUGAGCAAAACCAACCUGGAAGGUUCUGGAAUGAAGGAGCUCUGUGGUUUUCUACAGACUGAAGGCUGCAGACUGAAGACAUUGGCAUUGGAUGAUUGCAGUUUGUCAGAGACCAGCUGGACUUCUCUGUUCUCAGCUCUGAAGUCCAACCCGACCCAUCAGACAGAACUGGACCUGUACAGAACCAACCUGGAAGGUUCUGGAAUGAAGGAGCUCUGUGGUUUUCUACAGACUGAAGGCUGCAGACUGAAGACAUUGGCAUUGAACUGGUGCAGGUUGUCAAAGAUCAGCUGUGAUUAUCUGGCCUCAGCUCUGAAGUCCAACAGCCUCCGGCUGACAGAACUGAACCUGAGAGGAAACAACCUGAAGGAGUCAGAUGUUCAGCAGCUGAAAGAGCUUGUAGAGACUGUAUGGUGGGACUGAUCUCUGUAAAGUAGAGAAUGGUCUCAGUGUCCUGCUGAUCCUCAGAGGUUGAAGCUGCAGCAGUUUUGAGUCUAAAGAGACUGACUGGAUCAUGAUGAUGACCUCUGACCUCUGCAGACUUUCCUCCUGUUUAUUUUCUCAUGUCUGUCAUUUAGUGUCUGAAAUUGUUUGUCUAUUUGAAUCAAUAAAGAUCCAAUUCCAACUGGA